AUGUUUCAAAUUGUUCAAUUACUUGUAUUGUCAAUUUAUGCUGUUAGCAUUGUUGGACAUGCCAUCCCUGGAAGGAAUUCUAUUGAAAAGCAAUUGAUCAAUAAAAGAGACACUCAAGAGUUAAUAGAUAUGGUGUUUGAUGGAUUACCUUAUAGUGAUAUUGACUACAUAAAUAAUCAUGUUAAGAACUUGACAAAUUUCAAUGGUUCAAAAUGUGAUACCUGUAAGAAUAAAAUCAAGUAUGCCAAAACAAUGAUUGAACAAGAACCAGAAAAUCAACAUUUAAUCAGUUUAACUUUAUUCAAAUAUUGUGUUGAUAAACAUUCUACCAAUGUGGAUAAAUGUACUGCAUCAGAUUUUUUCUUGACUACAAACACUGAAUCCAAAGAAAAUGCUAUUGAUUCCUUUGAUUCAGGAUUUGAAGAUUCCACUGUAGUUAACUUCUUUGAUAAUGAUUUCAUUCAAAUGAUCAAAAAUUUCAAUAUGUCUAGUGAAUUAGAUAUUGAAUAUUACUGUUACUAUAAGGAAUCUUCGGCUUGUAAGUUACCCGAAACUCCUGAUAUUGAUGCUUUAUAUGAUUAUGAUUCCAAAUGGCCUGCUAAACAACCACAACAUUACUCGGAACCAACUUAUCAAAACGAAAAUAGAUCAACAUUUCAUGUCUUACAUUUAACUGAUUUCCAUACCGAAUUGAGAUAUACUGUAGGAGCUGAAGCUAAUUGUUCACAAGGUAUUUGUUGUUUACCUGAAAGUUUCAAUAAGGAUUUACCUAAGUUGGAAUCUUAUAACUUUACUGAACAAUAUUAUAAAGCUAAUCCUGAUAUUAGUUCAAUCAAUUACUCUUUCUACCAAGGUGCUCAAUAUUUGGAAGAUGGUACUUAUGUUAAAGGUAAGAACUAUGAUCUUGUUGGUGGUAGAGGUUAUGACAGUGUUUUCCUCCCAGGUUCAACUUUUGGUGGAUAUACUUGUGAUUCACCAAAAGUUUUAGUCAAUAAUACUCUUAUUGAAGCUGCCAAAUUACAUAAAGAAUUGAAUUUCGAAUUUUCCUUAUUCACUGGUGAUUUGGUUGAUCAUGAUGCUAUUCAUUGUACUCCUGAAGUGACCAAAGAAGCUGAAGUGUUAACUUUCCAAUUAAUGGAUUACUGGUUAAAAGAUUUACAAAUAUUCCCCAGUUUAGGUAACCAUGAUACUUUCCCAUAUGGACAAAUUGCUCCAAGAAAGUACGAUAGAAACAAUAGUUAUCAAUAUAAUGUUGAAUUGAUGAGUGAACUUUGGACUAAAGAUGGUUGGAUUCCUGAAGGUGAAAGAGCUCAAAUUACUCAACACUAUUCUGGGUUCUCUGUUACUACUAGAAAAGGUCUUAAAGUCAUUGCAUUGAACUCAAAUUGUUACUAUCAAAAGAAUUUAUGGAAUUUCAUCAAUUUGGAAGCUGAUUCCGAUCCAUUCGGUCAAUGGGAAUUUUUGAUCAAUGAAUUAGUUGAAAGUGAAAAGAAUCAGCAAAGAGUCUGGAUUAUGUCACAUAUUCCAAGUGGAGAUGCUGAUGCUUUACCAAUUCAAUCAAAGAUUUUUGCUAAGAUUGUUGAAAGAUUCAGUCCUUAUACUAUUGCUAACAUCUUUUUCGGUCACACACAUAAAGAUCAAUUCAAGAUCUUAUAUUCAUCCAAUGGAACUGAUGCCAGUGUUGUAGAACAAGACGUUAUCAACAUGGCAUGGAUUGUUCAAUCAGUCACUCCAGCUUGGGAAUUUAAUCCUUCUUUCAAAUAUUAUGAAGUUGAAGAAGAAUCCUUCAACAUCAUGAAUGCCUUCAAUUAUUAUGCUCAAUUGAAUGAAACUUAUAUUACAGGAGGUGAUGAACCAGUUUGGCAAUUGGGUUACUCUUCAAGAGAUUUUUAUGACCCUGAAGGAAAAUGGCCAAAAUCUUCACCUUUAAAUGCUACCUUCUGGAAUGAAUUCGUUGCUAAAAAUAUUGCCAACAAUUCUAACAUCGAAUUCAACCAAAAAUACAUCAACAAACAGUACCGUGAUACCAUUUAUGCUCCAGAUUGUGCUAAUGGUUCAGAGAUUACUAAUGAUUGUUACGUCGCUAAUUUCUGUGAUAUUAGUGGUUUCAGAUCUGAUGAUUAUCUCAAAUGUUCAUCAUAG